GAUUCUGGGCCAGCUGCUACAACAGAUUCAGUGCAAGUCACAAACACGCAGAGUACUUUAUCAACAUCUCGAAAGACCACGAUUCCUGGGAAAAUUACGACAGUCAAACCUACCGAGUCCAAGAAAACUGAAUCAUCAAAGAGAACAACCCAAUCCGAAACAGCUUCUGCAGCUACUUCUUUUCCUGGUUCACCAUCUUUCCUCAUGGUCUAUGAGAUUCUUGAAAUCGAUGGCAACCAAGUCAACUUUACUGAUGAACUGACAGAUCCUCAAAGCUCCCUGUAUCAGCAACUUGAAGCUCAAAUUUGUAACUUGGCUGUUGGUGUUUAUGGAGAUCUGUCUGGAUUCGCAGGAUGCAGUGUGUACAACUUCACAUCUGGAAGCAUCAUCGCGUGGUUCUACACUGAGUUUUUACCAUCAUCUGACGUCACAGAAGCCACUCUCUUGAACACUACACUGACCGCACUUGAGAAUGGUAAUGGGAGUCUGGAAGCCAAUGGUACCGAAUUUACCAUCGAUAAAAAGACUAUUUCCAUUACAGAAAUCAGUGUGCUCGCAACUACUAUGCUAAUUUCAAAACAGCCAACAGAGGUUACGCCUAAAGAACCAGAAAAUAAAUGGCAGAUUGUUGCAUACAGUAUGAUUGGAGCGGUUGCCUUCCUUCUCCUCGUCGUUCUCCUUCUCGUAUGCUGCGGUGAACGCAUCUUGAGAUCAUGUCGAACCAAUGAUAAGCUUGUCGUAUCGGUCAAUGGUAACCCGGUUUCGAUAAGUGAUGGAGUAGUUGCUGAAGAGGGAAUUUCGCCAUGGCAAACGUACAAGUCCCAUAACUUUGGUUUCUUCCCGGGUGCCUGGACUGCUUCCGACAACGAACAUGACCACGAUCCCGACAUGGAGAUGGAGGACAGAACGACCAUUGAAGGUCAGGUACACGACGUCGAUGACGAGUACGAUGACUACUCCGACGACGAAGAUACAGUGUUUGACGAUACACGAUUUCCACCUCCGCCGUCGACGAUGAUGACGUCACCACUGAACGAAGACAUGGUGCAGUCAUAUCCGGCCUAUGGUGGGUUGGGCAUUGAUAAUGCCACAUAUGACAUGGUUUCAGACUGAAUUUUCUGAGGUAAAAAUGAUUAUGACAGGGUUUCGUAUUCAAAAUAUUUGAUAUGUUGAGCAAUGCAAAACGGAAUGCACGAGAAGUAGAAUAGGCCUAUUGAUUUGAAAUUUGUAGUCCUUAUUAUUAUCGCAUAUGUAUUCUCUGGAGAAACUGACAGGCGGCCGGAAAAGGCACAGUUUGAGGGGCGUGGUCUUGAAUUGGUUUGUCCGAGACUUCUCCAAAGGAUCACGGUUCUCAGAGCUUUAGUCCCAUGAAAAUCUCGGAGACUGCGCUCAUCUGAAAGAGCGUUGUUUCAAUGUUCGAACGUCGUGUACGUCUGCGGUCUCAGCACUUUUGUUCAGUCUGAUUUGUAAGAGGUGUGUUUGUAGGAGUAGACCUGUGUUUCACUGCAAGUGCCUCUCUGGGCCUGAAUUUCCUUGAAUUUACUGGAAGUUCACCAACCAAUGUUGAAAGAAUGGAGACUGGCUAGAUUGGGUAUUGAUUCAACUCCUAUACCUAUGAUUCCCCGUUACCACAAACAUGUACA